AUGGUAGAAGCUCAAAAUUCAUGUUUACUGGAAGUAGAAGAUUUGAUAGAAUACUGUUAUCCUGAAUCAAAUGUUUCAUGUGUAAAGAUUUCUCACAAUGUGGUGGCUAAAACUGUGUUAUAUUCAGUGCUUUUGUUUGCAAUGGCCAUUACAAUUUUAGGGAAUUCUGUGGUCAUCAUCUCUAUAAUGCAUUUUAAACAACUUCACACACCAACAAACAUUUUGGUGAUGUCUUUGGCUCUGGUUGAUUUGCUUCUGGGAAUCACAGUGAUGCCUUUCAGCAUGCUCAGGACUGUGGAUGGCUGCUGGUACUUUGGAAAAGAAUACUGCUAUUGGCAUUCUAAUUUUGACUUUCUCUUCACUGGUGCAUCGAUCUUUCAUCUGAUUUUCAUCGCUAUCGAUCGAUACCAUGCUGUGUGCUACCCGCUUCAGUACCCAACAAGAAUAACUCUACCUGUGGCAGGUUUAAUGGCAGCUCUGAGUUGGAUUUUGGCUACAGUGUAUGCUUUCAGUACUGUUGGUACAAAAGCAAAUGAAGCAAAUUUAGAAGAAUAUAUUGCAGCUAUGGAUUGUUUUGGAAAUUGUUCCUUUUUGGUAAACAUAGUUUGUGCAUCUAUAAGCACAACUUUAUUUUUCUUUUUGCCAAUUUGUGUUAUGAUUGGUCUGUAUGCUCAAAUAUUUUUAGUGUCAGAAAAGCAUGCAAAAAAAAUGGAGGGCACAAAGCAGACCAGAGCUGACAUGAACUCAAACAAAAUUCUACAAAAAGUAAAACAUGAGAAAAAAGCAGCAAAGACGCUUGGUAUAGUUGUAGGAGCAUUUAACUUAUGCUGGAUGCCAUAUUUCAUCACAUCUGUUGUUGAUCCUCUUUAUAACUUCACCACUCCUGGUAUAAUUUAUGAACUAUUUGUUUGGUUGGGUUACAUUAAUUCAACAUUAAACCCCAUCAUAUACGGCCUUUUCUAUCCAUGGUUCAGAAAAACACUGUAUCUUAUUGUUACACUAAAAAUAUUUGCUCCAAACUCCUCUGAUAUUAAGGUUUAUUCUGCUUAA